CCGCGGGCAGUCUUAGCGGCGGCGGGACGGAGCGCACCGCGCAGGACCGCACCUCUUCACCCGGCCCGACUUCGCCAUGGCCUCCGUGCCCCAGCUGCUGCAGGAGGAGGAGCGUGGCAAGUUAAGGUCUGUGUCUGUGGACCUGAAUGUUGAUCCUUCUCUCCAGAUUGACAUCCCCGAUGCCCUUAGUGAAAGAGACAAGGUCAAGUUUACGGUGCACACCAAGACUACACUGCCUAUUUUUCAAACCCCAGAGUUUUCUGUUACAAGACAGCAUGAAGACUUUGUGUGGCUACAUGAUACACUUACUGAAACCGAAGAAUAUGGGGGGCUCAUUAUACCCCCAGCACCUUCAAAACCUGACUUUGAUGGACCCAGAGAGAAGAUGCAGAAAUUAGGGGAAGGUGAAGGUUCUAUGACCAAGGAGGAGUUUGCCAAAAUGAAGCAAGAACUAGAAGCUGAAUAUUUAGCUGUCUUUAAGAAGACUGUAUCCUCACAUGAAGUCUUCCUCCAGAGGCUCUCAUCUCAUCCUGUCCUCAGCAAAGACUGCAACUUCCACGUUUUCCUGGAGUAUGACCAGGAUCUAAGUGUUAGGAGAAAAAAUACCAAAGAGAUGUUUGGAGGCUUUUUUAAAAGUGUGGUCAAAAGUGCCGAUGAAGUCCUUUUUUCUGGAGUUAAGGAGGUGGAUGAUUUCUUUGAGCAAGAGAAGAACUUCCUUGUAAACUAUUACAACAGGAUCAAAGAUUCAUGUGCCAAAGCUGACAGAAUGACAAGAUCUCAUAAAAAUGUUGCAGAUGACUAUAUUCACACUUCGGCCAGUCUGAACUGUUUAGCUUUGGAAGAACCAACUGUCAUCAAAAAGUACUUACUGAAAGUUGCGGAGUUGUUUGAAAAGCUUAGGAAAGUGGAAGGUCGUGUUUCUUCAGAUGAAGAUUUAAAGCUGUCAGAGCUCCUGAGAUACUACAUGCUCAACAUUGAAGCAGCUAAGGAUCUCUUAUACAGACGCACAAAGGCCCUGAUUGAAUAUGAAAAUUCAAACAAAGCAUUGGAUAAAGCUAGGUUGAAAAGCAAAGAUGUGAAGCAGGCUGAAGCCCACCAGCAGGAAUGCUGUCAAAAGUUUGAACAGCUUUCGGAAUCUGCCAAAGAAGAACUGAUCAGUUUCAAGCGGAAGAGGGUGUCGGCAUUUAGAAAAAAUCUCAUUGAAAUGUCUGAAUUGGAAAUAAAGCAUGCAAAGAAUAAUGUGUCUCUCUUGCAAAGCUGCAUUGACUUAUUCAAGAGCAACUAAGUUGCCUUUACUGUGAAUGAACUGAAGAGAAUAUGAACAUGGAAGCCAGCAGCUGUGGAAAAUUUCUAUUUAGUGUUUACUCAUAUUGGUUUAAAAGUUCUAUAGUUGUUGCUUUGUGAAAAUUGUAUGUCAUGCAUAUCAAUUUAGUUUACUAUUUCCUUUGUUUAAGAUAACUGUGUGUGAACAUAACUAACUGUCUUGUUUAGUUUGCUACUUUGUUACUAGGCAGAAGGAACUACUGGCUCCUUUGAAAUGUACAUCUUCACAGGUUGGAAAAAGGUGCAUGAUUUGCACAUCUCUAAAUUUUCCCUUAAACCCUUUAUUGCCUCCCCCCACCAGCAUAAUAUUUUAGAUUCGGGAGUCAAUUAUGCAUAACAAAUUAUUUGGUGACUUGGUACUUCAACAUUCCAUUUGUUAAUCAGUCGUUUUUCUCUUAAUCAUGUAUUUCUACAACUAGGCCAAUUAUUUGUAAAAAAAAAAUCAAGAGGUAGUUGUGUUAGAUUUAUUUUUCUAAGUAAUCUUGUACAGUAAACCUUUUGUAAGUGAAAUAGAGUGAAUACUUAGUCAUCUGAGAAAGCAAGAGGGAAAAACACUUAUAGGUCUGCAAAUAAUAGGGAGGUUCAGGGUCAAUGGUAAGCAAUGUUCACAUUGGUGUGUCCCCACCCCGCAAUCCCCUCUGCAAGUUUAGGGCAAAAUAUGAAUCCAGUUAGGACUUUUUUUUUUUUUUUACAAGUAGUUUAUUUUAUGAACUACAAUAAAACAGAGAAGAACAGGAAUGCCUUUAAAAUGUCUUUAUUGCGUCUUAUAAACUGAACCAGCACUUUUUAGUAUCUGGAUUCUGUGUUGGGAUCUGAUGUUAUUUUUUAAGCCCAGUUUGUUCAGGUUGCUUGUGAACAGCUUUUAAGUAGUAUUGGUAUUUACUGAACACCUCCUGAGUGCUUGGGAAGUAGAAAAGGCACAUAGGGUGAAAGACAAAAGGUAUUUUCACAGGCAGUGGAAUCAGAAAAUAAAAAAUUGAACAUUCACUUAACUGGGCAUAUAUAACCAAGUAGUGAGGAUGGGCAUAAAUAAAAUAACAUGCAGUGGAUGGUUGAAGGAUUGAUAAGAGGUAGGGUAGUAAUGAUUAGUCUGUCAGUCUUUUGAAGAAGUAGGAUUUUAGGAGAGGUUAGAAAGUAGGGGGAGAUUUAUAGAGAUUGAGUCUCCUUUAGACUGUAAGGUCCUUGUAGGGAGGAUCGUGUCCACCAACAUUUUUUACUCUCCCAAGUGCUUAAUCCAGUGCCGUCUCCACACAAGUAGUGUUCUGUAAAUACCAUUGCGUUAAACUUUAGAUCUUCUGAAACAUGUUGUCAAUUGGUGGAUAAGGUAGGGUUUAAAAUUGGUACUUUGCAAAUGGUUGCCCCUCAGUGUGAUUCACGUCGACUUGGCACAGGUAUUUUCAUCUCUAAAUGUUUUAGCAAUUACACUGGAUUUAUGCUCAUCUUGAUGGAGGAUUUGGCUUAGUUGGUGUCCGUUUUAAAAGUCGUAAACAAAGUUUGCACUGACUGCCCUGCGUCUGUAGGUGGCAGGCAAAGUCAACCUAAUUCAGGCAUUUGCCAGAGAUUCUUAUCCACACGUGGAACAGAUUUAACUAAGAUUACCUGUGCAUGCCUGCAUAAUCCAUCUGUUUAGGGAAUAUACAUUCAGUUAGGGCUUUCAUGUUCCAGAGGUAGGAGGAAUUUCAUGGCAUUUGCCAUUCCAAGUAAUUCCAUAUGGCAUCCACGCAGAGCGGAAAUCCCACCCAGGAUUUUUGUGGGCUAUUUCAAUACUCCGAUUUCAGGCCCAACUUCAUACUUCUUAAAAUAUUUGUUUUAUUGUGGGAGUCUUUUUGGCGAUGCUGAUUGGUAUCAUGUGACUCGAUUUCAGAGCGGGGCUAGUGGGAUGAGUGUUAAAUAAAACUUUGCUAGAAGAAAUUUUUGGUGAAACCAAA